AUGGCCUCAGCUUACAUUGCCCACUUAGGCGACCUCAGUACACUCUUUAGCUUCGUUGGGUGGUGGUUCCUACCCGGAUACGUUUCGUCGACGGUUCUUGGGAUUUUCUAUCGGAUAUUCCCUGCACGUCGCCCUAAAGCUCCAGAACGUGGAUCAACCAACCCAGAUGAAAAACCGAUCUAUAAUCCAAUACAUGAACUACAGAAGUCAGAAUACGAUCGUCGAGCCCGUCGUCACCACUCGAUCGCACACGGUCUCGUAAUUGGUCUCUAUCUCGGAUACACAUUGAUUGUUGACUAUCAAAAGCAAACCGGUUCCAAUUAUUACUCCGUCUUGGGUAUCCAAUCCAACUCACUCGCUUUCAACAGCACCACCCAAAGUGUACCUGAGAACUUGAAUACAGUCAGAACUCAAAUCAUUCAAGGGGAUUUGCUCGACGAAGCCGGAUUGAAGUCUCACUGGCGCCGAGUGGCCCGUUCAUUUCAUCCAGACAAACUCAACCCACCUGCCGGAUUAAGAACUGAAAUUGAGAUCGCUGAAUGGAAGGGCAAUGUGGAAGCAAAAUUUAUUCGAAUGAGAGAAGCGUAUGAAACUUUGAAUGAUAAUACCAAACGAUGGGCCUAUGAUCGAUUUGGACCAAUGAUUUUACAAUGGAAGAAUUGUAUCACCUUGAGAGAAUACCUGAUCGAAGGAAUCAAGAACACCUGUCCAUUUUAUGGCUUUUCCUUUUCGUCUUUGCUGGUGAUAGGAACAUUGAGAAAGACGGACGCUGGUACAUUUUGGAGAUGGACGAUAAUGCUGCUAGUCAUUGGACUGGAAGCAAUGAUCCUAACAUCGACUUCACUCACCCGUGUCUCGCUGGUGCUAUCACGAAUUUUUCCAAACCGGGCACCAUUCGAACACAUCGAACUAUUGCGACAAUUUUUCAUCGCGAGUUCCUGUGUAGCAACGCAAAUCUCUGGUAUUAUUUACUCGGUACCAGAAGAGAUGAACAAAAACCGAUCGCUUGAGAAAGCAAUCGAGCCCAUGUUGGGCUUGGUCGACCAGGUCCAGGAGUAUUCUAGUCUCGCAAACGUCGAGCUGAUCAAGUUGAUGUUCAAUGACUUGCAUCCUAUCAUCAGGAGCCCUAGUGGGAAGGACAAAUCCGGCAAUGAUAGCCUUAAUACCAUCCCUGAGGCCGAAGCAAAUCAACUGUCUCAGGAUCAAAGUGUUGAAGUCCAGAAGGUAAUUUCUGAUGUCAAAAACAAAAUGCUCGAUACGUUUUGUGAUCUCAAACUUCAAUCGGAUCCCAACGGCCAAGCUGCUUGGAUUCAAGCUAUUCGGAGUAAAGAUUCUACUGAAUAA